GAGCUGCUCUCUGGGACUACCUCGCUGUUACUGUGGAGACUGUACAGCCAGGUUGUGAAACGGAAGAAGGCAACCCCUUCCCCUCAUCUCGAAGUCCGGACAUUUGUACAGCAGUGUAGCCGUUAAUGUCUGUUUCGGAGUCUGAUGGACAUCUCAGUCCCCGACCCACUGGCUUGGGUGGGCGGGGGGACUCUGGGGGCAAGUCAGAUUAGGCCUCGGAGAGGUGGGGUCAGGCCCAGUCAUUGAGGGUCCCGAAACCUCCCACCCCAUCCCACCCCCGGACGGAACCGAGUUCGAAGCAAGUUGUAUGUACCUGCAUCAUAUUUUCAUUUAUCCUUACCUCGCCUUGUUUUAUUUGGAGUUGAUCUUCCGAUAGCCUUAGGAAGUAGACUAUGGCAAGAAUCAUUCUUCUCAUGGAACGGACUGAGGAAGCGAGGCCAGGGUCAGUCAAGUAAAUCUGAAGCCACACCUCCGGGCAGCUGGAACUGGUCCAUGCUUUAGCAGACUGCUCUUACCUAAUUGCAUACUAAAACUCGCUGUGAUUUUGUUCCAAAGCUAUGUAUGGCCCGUAAGACCAAAACAUCCAUAAAUCAGGCAAACCAAUGGAAAUAGGAAGAGGAUGCGUGCUCCCUGGCUGAAUCAGGAAGGGAAAACAGGCACUACUCAAAACAAACAAUACCAAAUUUGAGAACUGCCGUACUUGAACAUUUGACCUUAGACAACAUUCUGAAACAUCAUGAAGCAAACUCUUCAGUCCUGGAACACUGAAGCUCUGAUUAGGGAAUUCAGCUCCUGCAUCAUAACUUUAUGAGUAAAAUGGAAGAAAAUGGUUGAAUUCCACUGAAUACUGGGAGGAGGAUAUAAAGCCUCGAACAGCAGAAGGAUCUGCCACUGUUUGCCACUGGCCCCAGCCUCUGGGCUCACUGUCCAGGCGUUCUUUUCUGCAGAGCUGACAGAAAGCAGCCAACCAGCAAGAGAAGGAUUCUGAGAAUGGCAUGUCCAGAAUAAGACCCCCAUAAAGAGAAGAUAUGAAGUGGAGCCAGAGCCACGGCCAACAUAUAACAUGAUGAGAGAUAAACCUUUGUGUGAAGCAUGAUGGGGGACAGACUGUUGAGAAUGCGAAGUGAAUUCUACGGACUUGAUUCCCACUCUGUCCCUUCUGUGCUCUGUCAGCAAGUAGAGAUAUGGAACUCCUGGAAUUUGACACGUUGAUUCAUGUGUUCAGUGAAGUCCGGAGCAGGACUCUGAGGCUUUCUGUCCUCCAUGCCGCUCACCAGGAAAGGGACUGUGAACUGUGCUUUGGCGCUAGCUGACAGGAAGAAUUUCUGGCCCAGCUAGGAGUGAGAAGAGGGAGUGAGUCUCCUUUGGGCCACCCUCGAGUCCGCCAGGAUCACCCAAACAAUCCUCGAUGUGAAUCAAUCCCAUGAUGCAACAUGCCUCCCCAGCCCCUGCUCUGACGAUGAUGGCCACGCAGAAUGUCCCUCCCCCACCCUACCAGGACAGCCCUCAGAUGACAGCAACUGCUCAGGCUCCCUCUAAGACCCAGGCUGUCCACAUCUCCGCACCCUCGGCUGCCGCCAGCACGCCUGUGCCCAGUGCCCCCAUUGACCCCCAGGCCCAGCUGGAGGCCGACAAGCGAGCUGUGUACAGGCACCCUCUUUUCCCGCUCCUGACGCUGCUGUUUGAGAAAUGUGAACAGGCCACCCAGGGCUCAGAGUGCAUCACCUCCGCCAGCUUUGAUGUGGACAUCGAGAACUUUGUCCACCAGCAGGAACAGGAGCACAAACCCUUCUUCAGCGAUGACCCAGAACUGGACAAUCUGAUGGUGAAGGCAAUCCAGGUCCUGAGAAUUCACCUGCUGGAAUUGGAGAAAGUCAAUGAACUCUGCAAGGACUUUUGUAACCGGUACAUCACCUGCCUCAAAACCAAGAUGCACAGCGAUAACCUGCUCAGGAAUGACCUCGGGGGACCCUACUCCCCCAACCAGCCCUCCAUAAACCUUCACUCACAGGACCUCCUGCAGAACUCCCCCAGUUCCAUGUCUGGAGUCUCCAAUAAUCCCCCGGGGAUUGUGGUCCCAGCCUCAGCGCUCCAGCAGGGCAACAUCGCCAUGACAACCGUCAACUCACAAGUGGUGUCAGGUGGAGCCUUAUACCAGCCAGUUACCAUGGUAACCUCCCAGGGUCAGGUGGUCACCCAAGCAAUCCCCCAGGGAGCCAUCCAGAUCCAGAACACCCAGGUUAACCUUGACCUCACAUCCCUCCUGGACAAUGAGGAUAAGAAAUCCAAGAACAAACGAGGAGUCUUGCCCAAGCAUGCCACCAAUAUAAUGCGUUCUUGGCUCUUCCAGCAUCUCAUGCACCCCUACCCCACGGAGGAUGAGAAGAGGCAGAUCGCAGCCCAGACAAACCUCACCCUCCUGCAAGUAAAUAACUGGUUCAUUAAUGCCCGGAGGCGCAUCCUGCAGCCCAUGCUUGAUGCCAGCAACCCAGACCCUGCCCCUAAAGCCAAGAAGAUCAAGUCGCAGCACCGGCCCACCCAAAGAUUCUGGCCCAACUCCAUUGCUGCAGGGGUGCUGCAACAGCAGGGUGGCGCCCCGGGGACAAACCCGGAUGGUUCCAUCAGCUUGGACAACCUGCAGUCCCUGUCCUCAGACAAUGCCACCAUGGCCAUGCAGCAAGCUAUGAUGGCCGCACACGAUGACUCAUUGGAUGGGACAGAAGAAGAGGAUGAGGAUGAAAUGGAAGAGGAGGAGGAAGAGGAGCUGGAGGAGGAGGCCGACGAGCUUCAGACGACAAAUGUCAGCGACCUGGGCUUGGAACACAGUGACUCCCUGGAAUAGUUGGCAGCCCAGAUGGCACUGGUCACCGAGCAGGAGAGGAGUGUCAUCAGGAGGGCUCCAGGGUGGGGGGGAGAGGGGCAGGGGCAGGCAGCACCAAGGAAGUUGGGCCCUGGCUUCCCCAAAUCAGUAGCUUGAAGAAAUGCAGAGGAGACACCUGCUCCUUCCCAACUACCAAGCUUCAAUGAGCACCCCAGCCCCCCUUCCCUGAACUGCGCAGGACUCCGUUUGCGGGGCCAGUCAAGCAGCCGACACGGAAAGGCAGGAGUGAGAGCUGGACUCACCAAAUCCCUGAGGACAGACGGCACCCAUGCCCCCCCCCACCCCACUGGAGGACUUGAGUUGUUUACAAGCCCUGCACUGUGAGGCGGCUCAGGGCUGUUCAGAGUGAGCCUUGCCAGGGACAGUGUUAGGAGGAAAGGGAGAGUCAGGGGGUCUGGGUUCCACCCCCAUGACGUUCUCAGCUCCUUGACAGACAUUCAAGGGCAGGAGGAGCCCAGACGCAUCACCAGUGGCUAGCAGAGUGGGAGGCCCUGAGGGGGCCGAUCCUGCAGAUCGGAGUGGGACCCGGGCUCCCGAGGGCUCCCGCUCGUCCCUCCACGGACCUGUCUCAGGCACGGGCAACCAUGGACUUGGGAGAGAGGGCAGGGACCACCACAGCCACCUUCUCUCCCUCUCUCCCGGAGAUGAAUGGUAAGCUGGCAGGCUCAGACUGUAGGGGGUUAAGAGGCUUCCCUUCCCCUGGGUUGGCUCCAGGACCCAAGGAGAUGGCAGAGCUCGGAGCCAUAUCAAGGUGACUUUGGGGACCACAGCCAUCCCUAGGUGGUCACAGAACUCCACUCCUGUAACAGCAGGACAAUGGUGUCUUAUCCCAGAUGUUCCAGCCCUCAGAUGGAGCUCCUCAGAUGUCCCGGCCCUCAGCCCCCCACGGCUGUCCCCCUGCUCCCAGGCUGGCUCCACCAGCCCCCAUUCUCUCUUCUUCAUUCUAUCCUUCAGAGAAGGCAAAAGAAACAUUGGAAAGAAGCAUCCAGUCCAGUGGGAAGCCAGGGGUUGGAGAAGGUGCCACAUCCCUCUUCCCAUCGAUAUCCAAAGUGUGGCCAAGGGCCCAGAGAAAUGGUGCCCCAGAGCCAAGGGGAGCCCCAGCCCACACACCUCGCUGAUCUACCCACCCCCAUGACCCACAGCACUGGAGGAACUGGGGCUCCCUCGAGGAGGAGGCUUUCCACCACCUGCCCUCACACCCACCCCAACUUCCAGGCCCCCAGGAUUGGCACCCCCUCCUCCCCUCCUCUCCCACGCCUUGGCUGUGAAUGACAGGACUGAUCACACGUGUGUUUUCCAUUGGAUUUAAUUUAAUGGACUUGUAGCUUCAUUUGUAAAUUGUGCAUUGGCCAUCUCCUUCAGUGGCAGGAUGCGAGUGGCUACCUGGCUCAAAUUGAGGGGACCCUCAGGGCCCUCUGGGGCUUCCCCUCCCCCACCUGGUUGGGGUGGAGCAAAAGGAUGGUCGCUUUCCUGAGGUCUCCCUGAAAUGAAUGUAUUUCUCCCCCAAAAGAGCUGAUAUUUAAUGUUUUAAUAGGGAUUUUUGAGAAACAAAUAACCUUAUUUAUAAUCUGGGUGAUCCAAUCAUUUUUUACUCCCUUUUGAUGCCAUAAGUAGAGGAAAGUCUAGCUUUUUUGGCGUGAGACUUUUGCAAUGUGCAGUGGGAUAAAAUACAUUUCCUUUUCUGGUUCGUUUUUCUUGCUCUCGCUCUCUCUCUCUCUCUCUCACACACACACACACACACCCUUUCACCAACCACUUUGGACAGCGACCCACCCAGCA